CAGUUGCAGCGCGCCAUGCCCUCACCGAAAUCCGCCAUUUUACGUCUAACUCUUGAGUAAUGACGUAGCCCCAUUGGGUGUGUGUACUAAAUUCCCGAAUAAUUCCACUCGUACCUCAAAAAUUAACGACGAAUAAUCCCGAUCUAUUGGUGUUGAUUGACCCCAAAUGUCCUCAAAUUAACGUGAAAUUCAAUCUCUGAUGUCGGGUGCUGGUGAAAAUACGGAUAUUCACCCAUAAAUAAAUUUUCCGAAUCGACAAAGUUAAAAAGGCCACAAAAGCCAUCGGGUUUUUCACACCGGGGCGGGGGGACUUGUGAGCCCUAAAGAGAGAGAGAAAGAGUUUUAAAAAAAAAAAACGAGAGUGAUAGACAGAGAGAAAAAGGAGAGAAAGAGUGCGUGUGGAGGAAAAAGGAAAUCCAAGGGGACACGCGACGGUCGCUGGAAAUUGCGAGAAAAAGACAGAGAGAGAGAGAGAGGGGAAAAAAAAGCUCAAGCUAAAAUCUAAAACUCCAUUUUGUGUUGUGUAGAGUGGAAAAUAGGGGAUUAACUGACGGUGAGGAGUUUGUGAUUAAAUAAUAUCGAUAGGGAAGAGGAAGGUGAGGCAACGGGUCAAACGGUGAAAACGAGAAUUAUUAUUUUUCAGUGUUAAGCCAUUGAGUAAUCGUGGAAUAAAAGGUGGUUGAAAAUGAGCGAAGAGAGUACUCCCCGUACCCUAUACGUGGGUAAUCUAGAUAUAUCAGUGCACGAGGAAUUACUGUGCACUCUAUUCUGUCAAAUAGGUGCUAUAAAAGGAUGUAAAAUAAUACGUGAGCCUGGUAAUGAUCCAUAUGCCUUCGUUGAAUUUACUAAUCAUCAGUGUGCAGCAACGGCACUUGCCGCCAUGAAUAGGAGACUGUUCCUCGAGAAAGAGAUGAAGGUUAACUGGGCAACUAGUCCCGGUAAUCAGCCAAAACUUGACACAAGCAAUCAUCAUCACAUAUUUGUCGGUGAUUUGUCACCUGAGAUUGAGACACAGACACUCAAGGAGGCAUUUGCACCAUUUGGCGAGAUAAGUAAUUGUCGUAUUGUACGUGAUGCACAGACACUUAAGAGUAAGGGAUACGCGUUUGUGUCGUUUGUUAAAAAAUCCGAGGCUGAGGCAGCUAUAUCUGCUAUGAAUGGACAGUGGUUGGGAUCACGCAGCAUCAGGACAAAUUGGUCGACGAGAAAACCACCACCACCGAGGAGUGAGAGACCUAGGCAUGCUAAUAACACCAAGCAAAACUACGAGGAGGUGUACGCCCAGAGUAGUCCAACCAAUUGCACAGUCUACUGCGGUGGCUUUACAAAUGGCAUAACGGAUGAAUUAAUAAACAAUACAUUCUCACAAUUCGGUGUAAUCCAGGAUGUUAGAGUAUUCAAGGAUAAGGGUUACGCUUUUAUUAAAUUCACGACUAAAGAGGCAGCGACACGCGCCAUCGAGGUUACCCACAACACAGAAAUAAAUGGUAGUAUUGUCAAGUGUUUUUGGGGAAAGGAGAAUGGAGAUCCUAACAGCGUUGGACCCAAUGCCAAUCAACAAACUCAGCAGGUGACAUGUGGCGCGGGACAGUACUCGUAUGGAUAUGGACAGCAGAUGUACUGGUAUCCACCGGGAUAUCCCCACAUGCAAGGACAAUUCCUCCAGCCUCAGUACUAUGGCCAGUACUAUGGCCAACAGGCGCCGUACAUGAAUGCAGGAAUGAGGAUGCAAACACCAGCUGGUGGUACUUGGCAGCCAGGUCAAGCAACAGCCUCACCACAGGCAGGAUCAGCUCCCAUUCAACCUGGUCAACAACCAACAAUGGUGGCCUACACCAUGCCACAAUAUCCCACGCAAUGAAAUACGUGAGACCAAUUUCAAUAAAGUAAAGAUAAUGGGGGAUAAACAAACAAAAAAAAAAAGAAAAAAAAAAAAAAAAAACAAAAAAAAAAUAAAUAAACCUUUUCGACCAUGGGGACUUCUUCAGAGCUUGACAUGAUUGAUCAUUCAUUUUUCUCGAUCAAAUUCACGAAGAACACGCACUUGACUUCUUCUUCAGCAAUCAGAGACAAAUCCUGAACCCUUCGUUUUACCAAUUUAUUUUUUUCUUCUCCUUUUUUUUUCUUCUAUUUUCCGUCAGUACUUUGACAUGUUCAGGGUUCGUCGGUGGAGAUAUUUUUUUUUUCAUGCUGAACAUGAAAUUUUGUAAAUUUCACCGGGUUGAUCCUGUUUUAUACACGAGUAGUUUUUGAAUUAGUGAAAAGCCAUUGUUACUGUUUCUAAUUAGCGUCUUCCACAUAAUUGUACAAUUUCUAGGGUUCGAAUGAAUUUUCCACAAUUUCACAAUAAAUGAUGAUUUGUUAAUCAGGCGUUUGUACAUAAAAUUGUUUCGAAAUCAAUUGGUAUUAGCCACCGACGACGUGAGAAGAACUCCCCAAUGAUAAAAAAAAAAGAAAUGAAAAUUUAAAAAAAUGCAGGAGGUGAAUGGAAGAAUGAAGAAUGCAAGGGUGAGUGGAUCGAAUGAACGCAUAUGACGAGGAAAAAGGAAACGAAAAAGAGAUAAUUGCGUAAAA